AUGAUAAUGGAGGACAGAAGCUGUCGCACCAGUGGCAGAGAAAGGCUGGGACUGAGUUUUACUAUUGACUACCUUCUGUUCAAUAAAGGAGUCAGAAGUCCUAAAGAAGAACAAAUGGGAAGUUGCAUGGCAGAGCAGAUAGUGAACACCAUGCUAAAUCAUCAGAAUCCUAAACUCAAGGAGGUGGCGAUUCAUUCUGAGAUACAGGAGAAACAGCUACAGAGGUCAGCCAUCAAAAAAAGGAAAGUAAAAGCAGAAGAGGGGAAUGAAGAGCAACAAAAGGAGGGGAAGGAGGAAGUGACCACCACUACGUCCACCAGCAGCAGUCCACAGAAGUCUGCAGAGAAACCCAAGCAGUCAUACAUCGCACUCAUCUCCAAGGCAAUCCUGGCAUCUGAACAGAAGAAACUGCUGCUGUGUGACAUCUACCAGUGGAUCAUGGACCACUACCCUUACUUCAAGAGUCAGGAUAAAAAUUGGAGGAACAGCGUGCGCCACAACUUGUCCCUCAAUGAUUGCUUCAUCAAAACAGGCCGCAGCGACAAUGGUAAAGGCCACUUCUGGGCAAUUCACCCAUCAAACUAUCAGGGCUUUUCUAAUGGAGAUUACCACUGCAGGAGGGCAAGGCGGAGGGUACGCAGGGUGGCAGGACAGCUGCCCUUUUCCUCUCUGAGCACCCUGUACCACCCUUUCCUCGCCUAUCCCAGUAGAAUGGCCUGCUGGUGCUGUCGUCAGGCCCCAGCAUGCUCUUUACCCUGCCUGGCACCCAGACUCUACUGGCCAUGGUCCAGUGUGCAGCCACAAGUGGAGCUCCACCUGGCCGAACAUUAA